AUGGCAGGUGUCGAGGUUUCUAAGUACGCACAUAGCCCUGUCCAUAAAGCCAUAAUUUUGAAAGAUUAUGUGGCUCUCAGGAGGAUAAUUGCAAGCCUCCCACGGCUCUGUGACCCAGCUGAGAUUCACACUGAAUCAGUUUCACUUGCUGAGGAAGCUAAGGCUGAUGCCAUUUCAGCUGUCAUUGAUCGAAGAGAUGUUCCUAAUCGGGACACCCCUCUUCACUUGGCUGUCAAAUUUGGUGAUGACACUGCUACCGAGAUGCUUAUGCUUGCUGGGGCAGAUUGGAGCUUGCAGAAUGAACAUGGGUGGAGUGCACUCCAGGAGGCAAUUUGCAAUAGGGAAGAAAGGGUUGCAAAGAUUAUAGUUCGGCAUUACCAGCCAUUGGCUUGGGCAAAAUGGUGCAGAAGGUUACCUCGGUUAAUUGGGACAAUGAGAAGGAUGAGGGAUUUUUACAUGGAGAUCAGUUUUCAUUUUGAGAGCUCAGUGAUCCCUUUCAUUUCGAGAAUUGCUCCUUCUGACACGUACAGAAUAUGGAAGAGGGAUGCAAAUUUGAGGGCAGAUAUGACUUUAGCUGGUUUUGAUGGUUUCAAAAUUCAGCGUUCGGAUCAGAGUAUUCUUUUCCUUGGUGAUGGUUCUGAGGAUGGAAAAGUUCCUCCAGGGUCACUUUGCAUGGUGUCGCACAAAGAUAAGGAGGUCGUGAAUGCUUUGGAUGGUGCUGGAGCUCCAGCAACUGAGGCAGAAGUGCAGCAGGAAGUGACUGCCAUGUCACAAACCAAUAUAUUCAGGCCUGGGAUUGAUGUCACUCAAGCGGUUCUUUUGUCUCAAACGACAUGGCGACGACAGGAGAAGACGGAAAUGGUGGGUCCUUGGAAAGCUAAAGUAUAUGAUAUGCAUAAUGUGGUUGCGAGUAUUAAGUCGAGGAGGGUCCCUGGAGCCAUGAUGGAUGAUGAACUCUUUAACUCUUCCAAUGAAAAUGAAGUAGAAAGUGAGGAACUUGAUGAUAUAUUGACAGAGGAAGAGAAACAGCAGCUUGAGAAUGCACUUAAGUUAGACUCAUCAGAUUUAAGCAAUGAAAAUGGAAAUGGAAUUAUUCCACACCGCCAUAGUUGUUAUGAGAAAAGGGACGUUCCCAUUGAAAAUAUAAAUGGUUGUAGAAAUGGAGAAAAUAGGCAGGAAAAAAAGGGAUGGUUCAACAACUGGAGAAAACGGGAAAAUAAACAAGAAGGGGAUAUAGAGAUUGUUCCACCAAGGAGUUCUCUAUACUCUGAAAAGAAGGUUAGUGAUUUUCUAGAGGAUUCUCCUUCUAGAAGUCAAAAUAAACCUGGAAGGCACUCUGUGGAGGUCUUUGUGAAGCGGGAUGAGCAUCGGAAAGUAAAGGACUCCAAAGCUUCUUCAUCAACAAACUCUGACAAUGGAAAUCGACGCAAGGAUGGAAGCCGUGAGAAUGAGUACAAGAAAGGGCUGAGGCCUGUUCUCUGGCUUUCUCCAGAAUUCCCACUACAAACUGAAGAGCUUCUACCACUGCUCGACAUUUUGGCAAACAAAGUUAAAGCUGUCCGGCGAUUAAGGGAGUUACUCACUUCAAAACUUCCAAAGGGGACCUUCCCUGUCAAGGUCGCUAUUCCAGUGGUCCCUACAAUCAAAGUGUUGGUUACGUUUACAAAGUUCGAAGAAUUACAGCCAUUGGAUGAGUUCUCUACCCCCCCUUCAAGUCCCACUGCUGCAGGCAGAGAGAGCCCUUCAGUGAUGAAUCCCUCCAGUUCGUCUUGGUUCCGAUGGAUAAAGUCUCCUCACCCGAGUUUUCAUACAGGUGGUUCGACCAGUAGGAUUGAAACCGUUCAAGAUCCAUUUGCAAUUCCACCUGACUAUACAUGGAUUACAGCUGAAGCAAAGAAAAAGAAAAUGCAGGAAAAAAGCAAACUUAAAAAAGGAAAGAGUCAGAAGUAG